AUGCCUCCCGAUGACCCAUUCUCGUUCCUGCCGGAGCAGCCUCAGCCUCGGCCUCAGCCCCAGCCCAAGCCCACAAAGUCGCUAUGGAGGGAGAAGUUGUUCUCCAAGAGCAAGAAUAAGGGUGCGUCGCAUCAGGAGAUCGCAGACUUCCUGGGCUCGGCCAGAGGAGCGCCUGCGCCAGAACCAGUUCCAGUACUGCCGACAGUCGACCCACGAUACCCUCCGCAAAAUGUUGCCCGUACCCCUUCCUCUAACGAUGUCUCCGUCCCGAAAUCAGCCCCGCCACCUCCCCGCGACAACUACGCCGCCUUCGACUUCUCGCAGUCUACGCAACCCUCACCAACAAAGCCGCGUAAAGGAAAGGGACUACGUGUCGGAUUCUCAAAUAAAAACCCAGAUGUGAUUGGAGAAGGAGGUGAUGAGUCGGAGGCUCCUACAAUUGAGAUCUCGCGUGCUCGCCAACGAUCACUCAGUAGCAGCGCGUUGUGUGGAAAUGAACCCUCACCCUCAGAAUCACGAUCUAAUUUGCCUGCGCUACGAGUUGACACAUCGCUGGGCGAUGGCGAUGCGCGACCACGGCGAACUGCCACGAAGCGGGACCCCCAUGGGGAUACCAAUUGGAAACCACCCCUUAUGCAUAAUGUUCAGGAUGCCGAUUUCCUAGCGACAUUGUCUUCCAGUGGAAGCGGCUCACGAUUGUCAUUCCGAGGCGAUUCUGAAGAGGCCUCGUUCGCAGAGCGUGUUCGCGACAAGAUGUCAGCGGAGGAAGGCCGUGCAUUGCACCGUGCGUAUGAGGACGAUACACCUUCUCCUGGAGCCGAUUACGAAGAUCUGCCCACUCCUCCCAGCCCUCCCAGCCCAGAACCGCCAUUGAAGGAGGAUCAUGCAUCGGAGUCAGGCUAUGAUACAGCCCCAAUGUCGGUCACCUCGACUGCGCCCUCGGUCUCUCUAUCUAUGAAGUCCAUUGUACACUCGAUUCGUAAUCCUCCGAGUCCUGUCGCUUAUCGUCAACCAGAAAAUCUCAGUCCCGUUGACACUCGCAUGCCCCCGAGUCUCACACCAGGUAGCCCCGGCAAGGUUUCGCCAACACGCGCUAACCCAACACCCCCAGAAUUGCCUCCCUCAAACCCCGUGUCACCUCCCAGUCGCGAAGGACAAGAUCCACCGCGCAACCCUCAACAACCCAAGUUUUCUUUGCGCAACGUUGCCAAUCAGGUCAAUGACACUGCGUUUGCGGAAUUUAAAGAGUACAAUGCGAGAUAUGAAAGUCUUAUCCAACUGGCAGCGGAGAGUGUCAAGCCAUUAUUCGAGACGUCUCUAACAGAAUGGGUCCGGGCUGCGAUUUGGUGGUUUUUGCGAGGAAAGACGCGAUUGGAAGUGUAUGCCCGCUCCCGUUCAACGGCGCCGCCCAGCCUUGCUAGACAGGCCGUGAUUGAUCUCGGAAAGGCAUUAUGGAUCAAUGAGCACAUUGUUCCCAGUCACAGCGAAUUAACCAAGUACGGGUCAAUGAGUGUCGAUGCUCUGCUUGCAGUUGCAAGCACCACUGGCGAUAAAGUGUUGGCCGAUCUUCUUAGUCUGCAUCAGAUUCUUUCCAACCACCUUCGGUCAGUUUCUAUGUCUAUCAAGCGAAACAAUAUCCUUGCAGCGGUUAUCUCAGACGAUGGGUCACCUACUCAACUGGACACCACUAUCUGGCUGCGCUAUCCUUUCUACGCGCCUGAUGUUUCUGCGGUUUUGUCUGGCGCGGCAACAAGAUCGAUGUUGGCAGAUAGCGCCAGCAAGACGCCAAGCCUGGUUCAUAUGAUGCCUCUCAGCGACACAGGUCGUUACUUCAGCUACGGCAACAUGUUUGUCCAAGUCUGCGUGAGCUCUAAUGACGACGAUGGUCAGCAGCAAUACGCCAUGCCCUGUGUAUUGACUAUUGUUCGCGAGCGCGCAGAUUGGUAUGUUUGCGCGGCGAUCACCAGUCAAAGUCAGCUUGUCAACAUUUUGGUUCAAUCCGAUCGCAAGCAAGGACCGACCUGGGAGGAUGUGGACUGGCAAGUCCGGUCGAACUCCAUGCGAGUCAAACUUCCUCGAGGUUUCGAGUUGAAUGUUAUAUUCAAAGAAGAAGAUUUCAAGGGGCUCUGGAACAUUGUCAAAUAUACCCAAAAGUCGGAAGCCAGUCUACACCCCGAAGCUGGCGAGACUGUUGUUUUUGAGAAUACCGUUAAGAUGUUCCAGUACAUGGACCCGGGUACGCCCAGGGCAUUCCCUCCUGAUCCCUUCGAAAGGUGUCGAGUUCGUCUGUUUGAGCGGUCAGUCACCGUGACAGAAGGCACCGGAACUCGCAAUGCGCACAGGGGUUUCAGACUUGUUGUCUUGACCAGUCCCAAGGUGAAGACUUUGAGCAGUAUUCGUCAUAUCCUGGGCCACGGCUCACCGAUCGUAUUUGGUCUUUUGCGCGGAGAGAAUGGUGCUCCUGCUCUUCUUCUCAAGGUCACUGAAGAUGGCCGCCAGAGAUCUAUGUUGAUGACUUUCCAUGAAGUGGAGGAGCGUACCAGUAUUCACUCUGUUCUCCUCGGCAUGGUGCCGAAGGAAGGAGAGCUCAAAUCUCCCGACAUUCCCAUCUCAUCUUAUUGCAUUGAGCAGCCGGCAGAUCCAGUUAGUGGCCAGUCUCCUGUUAAAUAUGUGCAGUUCCCCGCCGGAAGUGUGUCUGUCAUUGAUCAAGAACAUGCCUACGUUGAGCAUGGCUAUGGUCCCACAAUCCUAUCAGAACAUCUGAGGGCUUUUGUCGCUACCGAAUGGGGCUCUGUUACAGACCGUAUCAACUUAGGUCCUGGUGAAUUGAAGAUUGGCCUGGAUGUUAAUCGUCAGAAUAGUAUGAGCUUAUUCCGCCAAGCGCAGCAGGACCUGACUCUCUCGCUUGCGGAUAAUCUUAUUCGUCCCGAGAUGCCAGAUCAGUUAACAGGCUUCCUGGAGAAGAUUACUGUGAAGCCCAUGGUUCGCCGGCUAGAGUUCCCUACGAUGCAGGAUCUCCACGCAUUCGAGCAAGCGGUCACUGGCUUCCAGGUCCUUUACGAUGGUAUGGCCACGUCUUUCACCAUUUCCCGCCGGCGGAUGGUCGUUCCAAUCUACAAGAAGUGGGAAGCAUCUCUGGCUCGAAUCCAAAUUGUUCGACAGGAGAGAGUCAUUCAGUUGCUGGUGUUCUUCGCCGAUUUCCAGCACGGCACUUGUAUGAACUUUGUUCUGAAGGGCACCGAUCUCAUGGAAUCGUUCAGCCGGUCUGGAAAAUUCGGUAUCCGUCUCGUAGAUGCCAAAUUUGCACUUCCUAAGAAGGACGAGGAUCCUUCUUCAAACUUUGUCUGUCUGGACAUGCCCGAGUAUCCUAUCGAACACGACGAUCUUGCCAUUUCGUUUGAUACAGAAGCUGGUGAGCCUAUCCUACCUAUUACAUUUUCAAGGGAAAAGCUAACCAUUCAGCCCGCGCCUCCUUCCGAGCUGCUCUGCCAGGAUCAGUGCGAGAACCAUCCCGCAUGGGCUCAAUCCGCCGUUAAUCCCUCCACCCACGUGACUGCUUACGUGCUUCCCCCUCAUUCCCCCGAUAUCCUCCAUGUUUCCCUCGAGUCCGUUGGCGCUUCCACGCGUUCCCUACACGCCGACGAUGCCUUCAACGUCGUGACAGACGUUGCCCCUCCACUGCAUCUCUCCACCACAUUCCGUUACUCAAAUGAUCCCAACGAACUAAUUCCCUACUCUGAUCUCUCCGCGACGAGCAACUCAACAACCCACGUCUACUCCCGCGCCACAGCUCCCAACCCCUCCCGCCUCGAAGCAAUCCUCUCCUCCCUCAUCCACGGCGAAUCAAUCACCUACUCGUCCGGCCUCUCAGCCCUCCACGCAGCCCUGACCCUCCUAAACCCCCGCCACAUCUCCGUCGGCGAUGGCUACCACGGCUGCCACGGCGUCAUCGCCCUCUUCACCCGUCUAACGGGCCUCAAGAAACUAGACCUGAAUUGUCCAGCUGAUGCUCUGGAGAAGGGUGAUGUCAUUCUCCUCGAAACGCCGGUCAACCCGUACGGGACGGCUUUCGAUAUUGCCCACUACGCUGAGAAAGCGCAUAAGCGUGGUGCUAUCCUUAUUGUUGAUUCUACCUUUGCGCCGCCGGGACUGCAGGAUCCUUUCAUCCAUGGUGCUGAUAUUGUUAUGCAUUCUGGCACGAAGUAUUUUGGUGGUCAUAGUGAUAUGCUCUGUGGUGUUCUCGCCACCAAGAAUAAAGAGUGGGCGAGCCAGCUAAAGACUGAUCGUGUCUUCCUUGGUAGUGUCAUGGGUAAUAUGGAGAGUUGGCUCGGUGUGCGCUCUCUACGCACGCUCGAAGUCCGUAUUCAGCGGCAGAGUGAUAAUGCCACUCGGUUGGUUGCCUGGUUGGAUUCCUGUUUGAGGGUUAGGGAUCCCGAUGCUAAGAGCGACGCUGCUGUUGUGCAGACUGUUCUCAAGGAGAUCUAUCAUGCUAGUGUGCAGAAGGUUGAGGGCGAUUGGUUGGAGAAGCAGAUGCCUAACGGCUUUGGGCCGGUUUUUGCUAUUAUGAUGACCGAGGAGCGCUUUGCUAAGGAGUUGCCUAACAAGCUGGGGCUGUUUCAGCAUGCUACUAGUCUCGGGGGUGUUGAGACUCUUAUUGAAUGGAGGACUAUGUCUGAUGCUACUGUUGAUCGGAAGUUGUUGAGGGUUAGUAUUGGGUUGGAGAAUUGGGAGGAUUUGAAGAAUGAUUUGGCUAGCGCUUUUAGAGAAUUGCUUGCGUAG